AUGCGCACCGCCCACCAGUCUGCCUGCCUGUCAAACCUGUCCUUGCCACCUGGCAUGGUAUGGCAGCGGGUCAUGGCUAGCAUGAGAGAAGCGUACCCCGACGCUACGCUCAGCACCAUCACCAGGCAGCCAGGGAUCUCCAUCAUCAAGUACACUCGCGCGCAAGUCACCGGUAGCGAUGCCUUGCGCGUGAUCGAGAGCGCUCCGCUGGGCAACGAUUUGGGUGGGCAUCCCGAACUCGUGAGACUGCUGCGCUACUUGGGCGCUGCUGUAUUCAUCAACGGCACCUUCGAGAUGGUGCCGAAGCCUUCCACGCAGUGCCUCAUCGUCAUGGUGCGUGACCCCGGCGUCGACCUCUACGUCCCGGCGAUGUAUGUUCUGAUGGACUCCAAGCAGCAGGACGCCUACUGGAGUGCGCUAAACUAA